ACCUUCAGGUUUCACUUUCUAGCUAUUUCUAAAAAGCCGUUUAUUUCCGGUCUCGACAGCGUUGUCAUUCCCUGUUGCCAUAGAAACCGCGUGUUUACGCGCACAGACAGGGCGCGCUGUGGUUUGAUUUAGACGCCGUGCUGCUGUUUGCGGUUCCCGAUGGCUUCACUGGUCACCAUUCGAUACGGCCCUUACGAGUCGUGUGGAGUUGUUAAUCACAAGAAUUUCCGAUUGGAAGGCCUGCAAGCUGUUCUACGGAAAUGCGGCUACACGUGUGUUCUUGAGGAAGUACCGGACUGGAACCAGGUGGAGUUGGUUGUUCAUGGAGAAAGUGUCUAUCAAUGCGACAUCAAAAAACUGGAGUUUGGGGGUGAUGGGCAGCUUGAUCCACUGUGUCAUGAGGCUGCAGAAGCAGUAAGGAACGCAAUCCAACAACACCAAAUAUGAUCCUAGAAAACUGAUUAAAAAUGCAUACAAAUUA